AGCCGCCGGGCCGCCCGAGGCCAGUCCCCUCACCUGCUGCCCAUCCCGCCCCGCCCGCCUUCCCGGUUGCCGCCCCCACGCCGGGAGAGGCGCCCGUUCGGCGCCGCCGCUUGGCGAGCCGCUCCCGCGAGAGCGCGGAUGCUGCUGUUAGGGGUGGUGGGCGCAGCCGCGGGUCGCGUGGCCGGGAGCGGGGGUGACGGCCUGGGAUUCCGGGGGCCUCUCUUCUUGUCCUCCUCUCCUCUCUCUUCCCAGUGUGGCCGUGGCUGACACUAAAGACUUUGUAGCCAUCAACCCAAGUGCAGUUUCGAUGGAAGAUGAAGGUCUCUGCCCAAAUGUCACCUUACUGGAGAGGUCUUCCUUGUGGUGCCCACCAGCCCCCACCAUAUAAAAUGAAGUUGCACGUUUUCAAAAAAUUCCUAAUGCUGAAAAUGAGACAAUGAUUCCUGUAUUGACAUCAAAAAAAGCAAGUGAAUUACCAGUCAGUGAAGUUGCAAGCAUUCUCCAAGCUGAUCUUCAGAAUGGUCUAAACAAAUGUGAAGUAAGUCAUCGGAGAGCUUUCCAUGGCUGGAAUGAGUUUGAUAUCAGUGAAGAUGAGCCACUAUGGAAGAAGUAUAUUUCUCAGUUUAAAAAUCCCCUUAUUAUGCUGCUUCUGGCUUCUGCAGUCAUCAGUGUUUUAAUGCAUCAGUUUGAUGAUGCUGUCAGUAUCACUGUGGCAAUACUUAUCGUCGUUACGGUUGCCUUUGUUCAGGAAUAUCGUUCAGAAAAAUCUCUUGAAGAACUGAAUAAACUUAUGCCACCAGAAUGCCAUUGUGUGCGUGAAGGAAAAUUGGAACAUACACUUGCACGAGACUUGGUUCCAGGUGAUACAGUUUGCCUUUCUGUUGGGGACAGAGUUCCUGCUGACUUGCGCUUGUUUGAGGCUGUGGAUCUUUCCAUUGAUGAGUCCAGCUUGACAGGAGAGACAACACCUUGUUCUAAGGUGACAGCUCCUCAGCCGGCUGCCACUAAUGGAGAUCUUGCAUCAAGAAGUAACAUUGCCUUCAUGGGAACACUGGUCAGAUGUGGCAAAGCAAAGGGUAUUGUCAUUGGAACAGGAGAAAAUUCUGAAUUUGGAGAGGUUUUUAAAAUGAUGCAGGCAGAGGAAGCACCAAAAACCCCUCUGCAGAAGAGCAUGGACCUCUUAGGAAAACAACUUUCCUUUUACUCCUUUGGUAUAAUAGGUAUCAUCAUGUUGGUUGGCUGGUUACUAGGAAAAGAUAUCCUGGAAAUGUUUACUAUUAGUGUAAGUUUGGCUGUAGCAGCAAUUCCUGAAGGUCUUCCCAUUGUGGUCACAGUGACUCUAGCCCUUGGUGUUAUGAGAAUGGUGAAGAAAAGGGCCAUUGUGAAAAAACUACCUAUUGUUGAAACUCUGGGCUGCUGUAAUGUGAUUUGUUCAGAUAAAACUGGGACCCUGACGAAGAAUGAAAUGACUGUUACCCACGUAUUUACUUCGGAUGGCCUGCGUGCUGAGGUUACUGGAGUUGGCUACAAUCCAUUUGGGGAAGUGAUUGUUGAUGGUGAUGUUGUUCAUGGAUUCUAUAACCCAUCUGUUAGCAGAAUUGUCGAGGCGGGCUGUGUGUGCAAUGAUGCUGUAAUUAGAAACAACACUCUAAUGGGGAAACCAACAGAAGGAGCCUUAAUUGCUCUUGCAAUGAAGAUGGGUCUUGAUGGACUUCAAGAGGAUUAUAUCAGAAAAGCUGAAUACCCUUUUAGCUCUGAGCAGAAGUGGAUGGCUGUUAAGUGUGUGCACCGAACACAGCAGGACAGACCAGAGAUUUGUUUUAUGAAGGGUGCUUAUGAACAGGUGAUUAAGUAUUGUACUACAUAUCACAGCAAAGGGCAGACCUUGACACUCACCCAGCAGCAGAGAGAUCUGUACCAACAAGAGAAGGCCCAGAUGGGCUCUGCAGGGCUCAGAGUUCUUGCUUUGGCUUCUGGUCCUGAAUUGGGGCAACUGACGUUCCUUGGCCUGGUGGGAAUCAUUGAUCCUCCUAGAACUGGUGUGAAAGAAGCUGUUACAACACUCAUUGCCUCGGGAGUGUCAAUAAAAAUGAUUACUGGGGACUCACAGGAGACUGCAAUUGCAAUCGCUAGUCGUCUGGGAUUAUAUUCCAAAACCUCCCAGUCAGUCUCAGGAGAAGAAAUAGAUGCAAUGGAUGUCCAGCAGCUUUCACAGAUGGUGCCAAAGGUUGCGGUAUUUUACAGAGCUAGUCCAAGGCACAAGAUGAAAAUUAUUAAGUCUCUGCAGAAGAACGGGUCGGUUGUGGCCAUGACAGGAGAUGGAGUAAAUGAUGCAGUCGCUCUGAAGGCUGCAGACAUUGGAGUUGCAAUGGGUCAGACUGGCACAGAUGUUUGCAAAGAGGCAGCAGACAUGAUCCUGGUGGAUGAUGAUUUCCAAACCAUCAUGUCUGCAAUUGAGGAGGGUAAAGGAAUUUAUAAUAACAUUAAAAAUUUUGUUAGAUUCCAGCUGAGCACGAGUAUAGCAGCAUUAACUUUAAUCUCACUGGCUACAUUAAUGAACUUUCCCAAUCCUCUCAAUGCCAUGCAGAUUUUGUGGAUCAAUAUUAUUAUGGACGGACCUCCAGCUCAGAGCCUUGGAGUAGAACCAGUGGAUAAAGAUGUCAUUCGUAAACCUCCACGCAACUGGAAGGACAGCAUUUUGACCAAAAACCUGAUACUUAAAAUACUUGUUUCCUCAAUAAUCAUUGUUUGUGGGACUUUGUUUGUCUUCUGGCGGGAGCUGCGAGACAAUGUGAUAACACCUCGGGAUACAACAAUGACCUUCACAUGCUUUGUGUUUUUUGACAUGUUCAAUGCACUAAGUUCCAGAUCCCAGACCAAAUCUGUGUUUGAGAUUGGACUCUGCAGUAAUAAAAUGUUUUGCUACGCAGUUCUUGGAUCCAUCAUGGGACAGUUACUAGUUAUUUACUUUCCUCCACUUCAGAAAGUUUUUCAGACCGAGAGCCUAAGUAUACUGGAUUUGCUCUUUCUUCUGGGUCUCACCUCGUCAGUGUGCAUAGUGUCAGAAAUUAUCAAGAAGGUUGAAAGGAGCAGGGAGAAGAUCCAGAAGCCUGUUAGCUCGACAUCGUCGUCUUUUCUUGAAGUAUGAUGCAUAUUGCAUUCUUUUAUUUGCAAACUAGGAAUUGCAGUCUGAGGAUCAUUUAGAAGGGCAAGUUCAAGAGGAUAAUGAAGAUUUGAGAACUUUUGAACUUUUUAUUGACUAAAAAUGAGUGUUGAAGAUUUGAUUUGAGACUUUAACCUGCUGACAGUCCCAAAUGAAAUUAUGCAACUUUGAUAACAUAUUCCUUGAUUUAAAUUGGCUUUUGCGAUUGAGUGGAACUUCGUAAAGUGUAUGGGCAGUUAUUUAAUUUAAAAAACAGGCAAAACCUGAACCACCUUCUGCACUUAAAGAGGUCUAACAGUUCAAAUACACAAUCUAUCCUAGAUAAAUAUGAUUUUUUUUUAAUUUUUAAAUAUUGUACUAUUUAUGGUGGUGGGGCUUUCUUACUAAUACACAAAUAAAUUUAAUCAUUUCAAAGGCAUUCUGUUUGGUUUAGAAGUUGAUUCACAGGAGUGCCAUAUUUCAGCUACUGUAUUUCCUUUUCCUGCAGUGUAAGCAGCUCAGCUACCUUGUAUUACCAUUUUUGUUAUCUCAAGUUUUUUUGCACAGGAUGUGACCACUGUCAGAUCACUGUUCUUUUCUUUCUUUUUGUGAUUGAAAAGCUUAUACUGCAAUUUGAAGUAAAUGUUUGCUUUUCUUAGUAAGUGUAAAUGGUUGCCUUUUCUUUUUCUUCUUUUGGUUUUUGGUAUGAGUCUUUGGUCUAGCACAGUUAAUACAGGGCUGUGGAGUGGCAUUCUAGGUAGGGUAGCCAUGUCUGUAAUUAACACGUAGUCAUGGAGUCAAAAAAAUUUAAGACUGGUUGGGCUGAUAUUUAUAGCAGGUGAUGUUAAUGUGUUAUGCCUUCUUUUAGAGUUAAAUAUCAAUACAUACUUUGUCAAGCAGCACCUUGACAAAGUCAUCUCCUAAAUAUAAAUCUAAGUACCUCACCUGAAUAUCUGAAUUUUAUUACUUUUUAAUAUCUUUUUAUGUGUACUUAAAAAAAUCUUUCUUAUGAAGUAUAGAGUGGUAAACUUAAAGAAUAAAAAAGCCCCAAACCUAAACAGAUGGUUUAUGAAGCAGAGUUUAAGUGGAAGAUUCUGUGCUGACCUUUACUCUUUGUGUAUCUGCAGCUUUUGGGCUUAGGUUGCAGCACAGCCUGGAGGCUGCCCCUCUCCUGCUUCCACCAUUGUCCUCUGCCUUGUUCUGCUUCACUGGGCGUGCUAGAGAAAUAGAUUUGCUCUUGGAAUGCCAUCAGUUUUUGUAAUAGCUGGAUGAGGUAUAGGUAAUUUGUUUUGAGUGUGUGGCAAAUUUGGGCCAGAAAUUCAAAAUUAGAAAUACAUUUUCCUGUUGAAUAUUUCUCUCUGAAACAGAAACGGGUCUCAAAUUCUUACAUGUUUAAUUCUUCCUGAAGUUAUUGAAUUUUGCAUUUUAUAAUUAAUUUUUUAAACUGUCAGGAUAAAUCGCUCUCUAGUUUUUACCACCAAUAUUAAACUGCACUGUUAGCACUGAAGUACUGUUGUUAAUGAUAGGAAAGAUACGUAUUCUUUGAGUCUUGUUACUGAAACAGUUUAAUAUAAGGACCUGAGAUAUCUGCAGUUUAUUCUGCUUUACUCUUUAAGGCUAGAUAGUCAAAUGUACAUGGAAACCAUUGUCUAAUCAACUUUAUCUUUAAUGAUGGUGAUGUAUCAUAUCUAAGUUUUGUAAUGAGUUUUCUUCUCUGUUACAAGGACUUGAAAUAUGAAGUGCACGUCAAUCUUUUGCUUUGCAUUUUAGGUUCAGAGUAUGACUCAUAUGAAAUAAAUGUGCCUAUCGUAUUGUUCAGAUUUUAAACCUUCCCCCAGAAUGAUUUAUUUUCAUAAGUUAAUGUUCUUCCAGUUGGGACUGUUCACAUUAAAAUCAUAUGGAUAUUGAAGAUACAGAAAUUAGGCAGUACUCACAGUACAUUGAAUCUGUGAUUUAAAAAGAAGUGAAAUGUACGGUUCAGAUAUACUACAUCUGUAUAACAGAUUUCCCAUAGUAAAACAACAAAUUAGGGUCUGUGUGUGUAGUUUACAUAGCAUAUUAUCAGAAUUAGCAUGGAUAAAUCAAAUGCACUGGUAUCUAAAUUUAAAAUUUUUCCCCAUUUCCUGGCCCUGGGGCUUGCUAGAGUCCCUAACAAUACUAACUUAUGUGAUUUUUCCCUGUUAGACUACCUCAUGAAGUUUUUUGACUUCAAAGUGAUUAAAUAUCAGGGAAGAAAAGGAGCUUUAAUUCACCAACUAGGUAGAUAAUCCUCAAAUGAUUCAUACUGGCAGCAGAGGAACAAGGCUUAGCAUGUUCUCUCAGAUUUUUGCUGGGCAUUUCAUGACCCAGAAAUGGAACAGCCUGAAACCAGGCAACCUAAAAAUCCUACCCCCUCAGGACACAGACUUCAUUAAAUAGCUGUAACCACACCCACAAGGAUAAAACACAUUUUUUACCUUUCAUACCCAUGCAAGGUACAUCUUUUACAUUGGUAAUCUUUGUGAAGUCAUUUCAAGUUUUGAUCUCUUUCAUAUAGUACCUAAGUAAAGUGAGCACUGGCCGUAUAACAGCUUCUCAGUGAAAUGAAUUGGUGGCAAACAAUAAAUAUAAGAUCUAAGAACCUUAAUUAACUUUACCUUGCUUUCUGCCUCUGUCACUUGGCAAUUCGUGCAUUUUACUUCUACGUUUGACUCACUCAAUUUAAAUGGAUGAAUUAAUUAUCAUUUCAGUAAACUUUUCUUUAGUACCUAGAAUGUACUAGGAAUAGAAAGGUGGUGGCAUCCCUGCCCUUCAAGAGCUCAUGGACUGUGUGUUAGCUGAGGAUGUAACUGUUAACAGGCUGUCUGUUGAAAGUUAGUAGUGGUAUGCACAUUUAUUUUAAAAAUACACAUACAGUAAAAUGAGUCCAGCACACAUUUUACUAGAAGUUUCCCUUAAGAUUGGCAUUUGGAAAUCUUUGAAAUGCCUUUUUAGAGUAAGCUGCAAUCCAAACAGUAGCUGAUUUGCAUACUAUAACACGGUGUGGAUAAAUGUUAAUCCUAACUGGUAUGUGACUAGACAGACAGAUUAUCCUGAUAAUUAAGCUUCCUUGAGAUCAGUUAGCACUUGGUAUGACUUAACUUUUGUUGGGUUUGGGGGUUUGGUUUUCAGAGUUAGUUAUUGUUAAUAAUGGAUAGUGGUUAACCAAUCCUUGAUAUUAAUGUAGGUAUAAUAGUCUGCAAAUAUUUUGGUAGGUUUAGAUUUGGGAAGUUCUCAGUCUUAACUCUGGAAACCAAAGUGAAAUAUAUGUGGUACAGUGGUAAGUGCUGCCCCAAGUGCUGCAGUAGCCAAAGGAGAGAAAUAACUUCAUAGGAGGAGGUUGUCAAAUUUCCUAGAACUAGUGGCAUCCAAAUCAAGCCUUAAGUUGAGAAUCUCCAGCCGAGAACAGCAGGAUAUUGUAACCAAAUGGCAUAGCCUCUGCAGAGGUGUUGGUGGGGUCUGGAAGGAACAGGUGAAAACCACAGGAGUCUGGGGCUAGGGCAAGGAGAGUAUAUAUAAUGUGAGGGCUGGACAGAUAGGCAGGAGGAGCCUAGUGGUGAAGGUAAAGACAUUUAGCUUGUAGCCUGCUGUAGGAUUUCAAGACUGUGAUAAGAGUUUGGAUUUUUGUCUUGUAACAUGCUGAUGGAAGCUCAGAGGGUGGACUGUAAAGACAAAACAGAGAGACUGAUUAGAGAAUUGUAGAAGCUUAAGAGGUAGAGGGACUGAGUUGUGGCAGUUAGUAUGGAGAGAAAAACAUGGGAUUUCUGCCUUCUAAGAGAGAGCAUUGACAUGACCCGAUGGGAGGAGAGGAAGAUACUGCAGCUUCUGGCUUUCUGGCUUGGCUACUAGAGCUGUUGGGAGAAUUACCAGAGCCAAGCAGCUUUUAGUGGGACACAGGUCAAUUUGAAGUGUGAAGUUUGUGAUGUCCUUUCCCAGUGGAUAUGUUGGAUGAGGUUUCUAGCACAGAAUGAAUUAAAGCCAUGGCUGACUCAUUAUGAGGUAGUAAGAAAAUAUUAAUAAUUUCUUGUUACAAGCAUCGAUUUUUUUUUUAUUUUUGAUAAAAGUAAACCAAUAAAUGAAUGUAAACUCA